AUCAUGUCGAAAAAUGGGCUGCCAUUUCCCCGAAACCUCGAACGACCAGCUAGUUCAGAAUCUAGUCUCAUAAUUUUUCACCAGUGGGGCCCCACUCUUUUCCACUGGCCCAGAGGUCCAAGAAGCUCGUCAAACCGUUAAGAAUUUGAGGAGAUCGACUUGUGCGGGCGCUAAGGCUAGUGCUAGCGGGGUAUAUUCGUUUAUGGCUGCGAAACAUGCCGACAAAACAUUCAAAAUGGUUGGCAUCGUCGAAGAAGAGCGAGAAAGGUGUUAAAGGUGGCUUGAGGAACGGGAAAAGGGGGAGUCGCGGUAGACGGAACGGGGUAACCAAGGGUGCGCAGUCGGUGUCGCAGGAGGAUGUUGCUGUUGAAAGAACAACAAUGCUACUUGAAAGACAGGCCGAGUUGGAUCAGAUUAUGGACAAGCAUGAUACGAUGAUUGCAAAGCAGGACAAUUCGAUUGUGUUUCAGGAGUAUAAGUCGAACUAUGACUUACUCGAAAAAGCCUCUACAUCGGCAGGUCCAUCGCGUGCUACAAGGAGGGCUCAUAUCGAGCGCGUUCAAAACCUUACUACACCACUUUUACCUUCUACCACCUCUCGAGUGCACACCGAACCGGAAUUACCCCUCUCCGCUAAAUCAAAAGGGAAACAGAAGGCGGUUGAUCCAGUCAAUGAUGCCGCGCCUAUUGAGUCGAUUACGCCGAAGAAGCCUGGGAAAGGGAAAUAUAUAUCUCAGCCUCCGAAACUUCGAGCUCUGGCUCCGAUUUUGCCUGCGGAUGGCGAGGCUUCUAUUUCCGUGGGACUUGUACGCGGCAAGAAGAGGAAUAUUGGUGUUGCUUCCCCCACGGGUUCGUCCGCUGUUCCCCCUUCUGCAAAAAAGAAGCGGAAAUUUCAGGAGGGACUCGCAUCGGAAAUGGCGGAGAUUCCUAAUGUCUUAGGGCCCAAGUCAACUGGAUCAGAUGCUAUGCCGUUGGAUCCUUUGCAAACAUCUGCUCGUCGCAAGUCUUUGGUGAGCGUUGAUUACCUCUUUGCCGUUUCCUCGUUUACACGUCUUUCAGCGACAUCCUCCAACUACGAUACGAGAACCACCAACACUUUCUCAACUUCCCAGUGAAGUUGAGCCGCCACAAUCACAAUUCAAUAUCAGACGCAUCAAGCUCAUAGUGCGACCACCACCACCAAUGUACUCUAAUCCCCGCCAGCAUCCCUCUCGACCUCAUUUCCAUUCCUCGCUCUCUAGCUUUUUGAACUCAUAUGUCUCCAUCAAUGACUCAGAUUUAAGCGAGGACGAUCUAAAUCUCAUGGCUCAGAAGAAAGCUGCACUAUUGGACAAGAUGGAGAGCUUCCGGCAACAGGGUCGGCUCAUUAUUGACAACGCGACCUUCAAUGAGAUGUCUAAAACAAGGGGUGGCGUAACCCUCCACGAACCAAAGCAAGAUCGGGACACUUG